AAGAUCACGUGAUCAGAUCCCCAUAACUAUGUGUUCCAACACACAAAAUAAUCUUAUUCUAUAAAGCAAAAAACUAAGUCUCUCUCUCUCUCUCUCUCAAUUUCCAGUUCUCAGUAAACAGAACAGAACCAAAACAACUUAAAGAGCUUUCAAGAUUCCUAAAGCAAUUAGGCGAAGAAAAGUCCACAAUGAAGAGAUACUGGUCAGUGGCUCUGGUUCUUUUGCUACUUGUAGCUUUCUUUAGCAGCAAGCACAGUGUAGAGGGACGUUCUCUGUUAAGGCUGGCACAUUCUAGUCAAGCUGUGAGAGAUUUGCAGACAAGCAAGGAGAUGAAGGAAGAAAAGCUUCUUAGAGGAGAAAAUGAUAGCUUCCGAAGAAUCCCAAAGAGUGGUUCAAACCCUAUUCAGAACAAGUAUAACUUACCUAUAGGUGUUCAAGGAAGUAGGAAACAGCAGAUCACAGCAGCAGCAGCAGCAACAAAACCUUAAAUUUACAAUUCUUUUGUCUCUUUCUUUCGUUUUCUUCUUAGAUCUUCUAUGUUUCAUUUUUUUUUUGGUAGAAUAGGUAACUAGAGUUGUUUCCUAACUAUGUAAUCUAGUUAAAAUAUAUGAACUCAUCUUUUAGUUUUGAGGCAUUCAAUCUUAUGGAUCAAGAAAAGAGACUUUAAAGAAUCCUGAUAGGUACAAUAAGUCAUAUUACCGAAAGAGGAAGGGAAAAGAAGUGUGUGAAGCUGAGGGUUGAUAUAUUGAAGUGAAGAAGUAAAUAACAGAGAAGUGGAGAACCUUUUAGUUAAGAAAGAGUCUUUGCAGUUAGAGUUUGAGAAAUAUAUAAAAGAGAGUUUGUGAUUCAUUUUAUGGUUUAUGCUUUGUAUGUUGUUCGUUAUAGACGUUAUGAGUCUGUACUUCCUGAUCGAGAUGAGAUCGACGAUUGAGAGUGAACUCGCCAUGGGAGUGUAAUUUAAGAUCGAUCUACAAAACUUUAUUCUCUUGUACUUCG